GCAUCGAGGGGUUGGCUCAGGAGAUAUAAACUUACUUGUGGCCUAAGGCAUAUUCUAACUCCUACUUCUAUUAGGACCUUUGUUUUCUAGGUGUCCUAAACCAAAACAACUUGUUCUAUUGAAUUAGUUUUCAGAACCGGCAAUCACAGAUAGAAUCCUACUUCGUCUAGGAUCCGGAACUAAUCGACAUACAAGUUUCUAUAUAAACUAAACCACCUAAGAACGAAGAAACCUCUGUUCUGUCUGACGUAAAGCUAAGAAAACCCAACAAGAGCUCUCUUCAAAAGAUUAAAGAUGAGAUCAAAGGAGUUAGCGAUGUUGGUCAUCUUUGCGAUAUGUGCUAUAUUACACCUCCUCUACUUGAAAUCUCCAACAUGUACUCUCUCUGUCGAUAAGCCACCGUUCAAACCAAACGUGCCUCUUCCCGGAACCACUGUCCCUAUGAGUACUAGCAAUAGCAACGUCUCUGUUGUGACCUCAGAUCAACAAGAAAAAGAGGAGAUAGAUCCGUUGCUACCUCCUCCCAGAGCUACCAAAAGCGAAAGAAUCAACUGGUUUAGAAGAAAGCUACCUGAGCUGGAGAUACUGAAGUCCACAACCAAGAGCAAGAGGUUCCAUGGAAGAGUGUUGGAGUUGUACAACAACAACUGCUCAGCUCAGUUCUUUAUGGUCUGGCUAUCUCCUGCGAAGUCCUUUGGGCCAAGAGAGAUGUUAGCUGUCGAUACCCUCUUCACCACCAACCCUGACGCUUGCUUGGUGAUUUUAUCCAACUCCUUGGACUCACCAAGAGGAUACACCAUGCUUAAACCCUUUCUUGACCAAGGUUUCAACCUCUUAGCUGUGACAUUAGACAUCCCGUUCCUAGUCAAGAACACUCCAGCAGAAGCUUGGUUGAAAAGGCUAAAGAGUGGUAAGAUGGAUCCUGGUUCCAUCCCUCUGUUCAUGCACCUCUCUGACUUAACGAGACUCGCGGUGCUCUACAAGUACGGAGGAACCUAUCUAGACACAGACAUCAUCGCCCUCAACUCCAUGACUGGACUGAGAAACGCAAUAGGUGCACAGAGUUUGGAUCCAGAGACCAAGAGAUGGACAAGACUAAACAACGCGGUGAUGGUCUUUGACAUCUACCAUCCCCUCAUGCAUGAGUUCUUGCAAGAAUACUCCACGACUUUCGACGGAAACAGAUGGGGAUACAACAGUCCUUACCUGGUCUCUAGAGUUAUUCAGAGGCUAGGACACAAACCUGAGUACAAUCUAACGAUCUUCCCACCAGAUGCUUUCUAUCCAGUGAACUGGCUUAAGAUCCCAAGGCUGUUCAAGAAACCAGCAACGACAAGAGAAGUGAAGUGGGUAGAGGAGACGGUACAAGAGAUGAACAAAGGAAGUUACAUGAUACAUCUGUGGAAUAAGGUUACAAGGAAGAUGAAGAUUGAAGAAGGAAGCGCAAUGCAUAAACUCAUCUCAACACAUUGUACAGUCUGUGGAAACAUUACAGAUUCUCACACUUAAAAAGAUUCAUUCUUAUGUAAAUAAAGUAGAGAUUCUUGUGAGUGUGAUUGUUUUUUUUUUAAUCUUUCAAUGUCUAAACAGAUUUUCUUUUAUAAAACGAAGUUAAAGACUCAAU